AAGAGAAAGACUUUUGGAGAGAGAACAUUUUCUUCAACCUUACAUCAAUCUCGCCUCAAAGUCGGAAAAUCCCAAAUUCAAUUAAAAAAGUAGAGAAAUUGAUGGAUAAAAUCAUAAAAUAAAACGGAGAGGGACUUUUUUUUUUUUCUCAGUUCUUUCACUCUUUUUCUUCUAUAUAUAUGUGGGCAUCUCAACCUAGCUUCUGAUAACGUGUUCUGCAUCUCUCUCCUGAUCCAAAGCUUGGAUCUUUUUCACUGUUAAUUCCUGCUUAUCCAGACACAGAGAAUAUAGAACGGGGAAGAAGUUUGAGAGGAAACAACAAUGACGACUAGGAAUAUAGAGAAGAUGGCGUCGAUUGACGCUCAGCUGAGGCUUCUGGUUCCUUCAAAAGUCAGUGAGGAUGACAAGCUGGUGGAGUAUGAUGCUUUGCUUUUGGAUCGAUUUCUUGAUAUUCUUCAGGAUUUGCACGGAGAGGAUCUCAGGGAAACUGUUCAAGAAUGUUAUGAGCUUUCUGCUGAGUAUGAAGGAAAGAAUGAUCCAAGGAAACUCGAGGAGCUUGGCAGUGUCUUGACAAGUCUGGAUCCUGGGGACUCCAUUGUUAUUGCUAAAUCAUUCUCUAACAUGCUUAACUUGGCCAACUUGGCUGAGGAGGUCCAGAUUGCGUAUCGUCGGAGGAUCAAGAACGUGAAAAGGGGUGAUUUAUCUGAUGAGAGUUCUGCAACAACUGAAUCAGACAUUGAAGAAACUCUCAAGAGACUUGUGGGGGAUCUGAAGAAGUCUCCUGAGGGAAUUUUUGAUGCUCUGAAGAAUCAGACUGUAGAUUUGGUCCUUACUGCCCAUCCUACCCAGUCAGUCCGUAGAUCUUUGCUUCAGAAGCAUGGAAGGAUUCGAGAUUGCUUAGCUCAGCUGUAUGCCAAAGACAUUACGCCUGAUGACAAGCAGGAGCUUGAUGAAGCUCUGCAGCGAGAGAUCCAAGCUGCAUUUCGUACAGAUGAGAUCCGAAGGACACCUCCAACUCCACAAGAUGAGAUGAGGGCAGGAAUGAGUUACUUCCAUGAAACAAUUUGGAAGGGUGUUCCUAAAUUCUUGCGCCGCAUCGACACAGCAUUAAAGAAUAUUGGGAUUAAUGAACGUGUUCCUUACAAUGCACCUCUAAUUCAGUUUUCUUCUUGGAUGGGUGGUGACCGUGAUGGUAACCCGAGGGUAACACCUGAAGUCACAAGAGAUGUUUGCUUGUUGGCUAGGAUGAUGGCUGCCAACUUGUACUAUUCCCGAAUUGAGGACCUAAUGUUCGAGUUGUCUAUGUGGCGAUGCACUGAUGAACUCCGUGUUCGUGCAGAAGAACUCCAUAGGUCCUCAAAGAGAGAUGCAAAACACUACAUAGCAACAGAGGAAUAUCGCUCUAUUGUUUUCCAAGAACCCCGAUUUGUCGAAUAUUUCCGUCUCGCAACACCGGAGUUGGAGUAUGGUCGGAUGAACAUUGGAAGCCGCCCAUCAAAGCGAAAGCCAAGUGGUGGUAUCGAAUCUCUUCGUGCAAUCCCAUGGAUCUUUGCAUGGACACAAACAAGAUUCCAUCUUCCGGUUUGGCUUGGCUUUGGAGCAGCAUUCAGACAUAUUUUAAAGAAGGAUGUCAGAAAUCUACUUGUGUUGCAGGAGAUGUACAACAACUGGCCUUUCUUCAGGGUCACUAUUGAUUUAGUUGAAAUGGUGUUUGCUAAGGGUGACCCAGGAAUUGCCGCCUUGUACGAUAAACUUCUUGUUUCGGACGAUCUCUGGUCAUUUGGAGAAAAGUUGAGGGCUAACUAUGAAGAAACCAAGAGCCUUCUUCUUCAGAUUGCCGGUCACAAGGAUCUUCUCGAAGGAGAUCCCUACUUGAAGCAGAGACUCCGACUCCGAGACUCUUACAUCACAACACUUAAUGUUUGCCAAGCCUACACGUUGAAACGUAUCCGAGAUCCAAACUACCACGUGACGGUGAGGCCACAUAUAUCAAAGGAGAUAACGGAAUCAAGCAAACCAGGUGAUGAACUGGUGAAGCUGAACCUGUCAAGUGAAUAUGCACCAGGACUGGAAGACACCUUAAUCCUGACCAUGAAGGGUAUAGCUGCUGGCAUGCAAAACACUGGCUGAAAAUCCAGUUUCUACCUUCUUCUUUUCUUUACAGUACUUUUCUAUAUAUAUAUAUAGGUUCUACCCAGAAAGCCAAUAAUUUUAUUAAGUGGAAAUAUAUGUUUUAGUUUAUCCACCAUAAGGCUUAUUAAAUUCUGGGUGAUCCUUUUUUUAAAUGUAUUAUCGGUUUCUUGUACUUGAAUACACUUAUCAAAUGCCAGUUAUAUCAUCUUCUCGGGCAAA